AUGAUGAUAGCUACGCAGAAAACAAAAAAGGCAAAAAAUGUGAAGAAUUUGGAUGUGAACAAAGAGGUUUCGCAAGGAAACCAUUCAAAAUCGAAUGAGGUGGGCUCAAAAGCUAACAGUAACAAGGCGAAAUCACAACCUAUUCCUGCAAUUGUAGGAAAGAUUUCAUCCAAGGGCUCAUCUCCUGAUGCGACACCAAAAGGAACGCCACUUGUGAGUGAGCAAGUGAUCCAAUCUCUUAGCAAGUCAUGUCUUUGGCUACAUGCUCGGGUUAGCAACUUGCCGGAUUCUUCCCCAAUAAAGGUGGAUUUGGAGAAGUCUCAAUUCCACUACCUAGGUGAAGAUUCAGCUACUUGGGUAUAUAAAGUGGAUAUUCGGGAAUUCCUCUGUGGAGCGAUGUUAAAUAUAUCUAUAUUACAAGUCUUCAUGAGUGCACUUUACGAAGAUUUACUUGGAUGUGAUUCUGUUUCGAAAGUUGGGUGGUUAUGCCCACAAGAGAUUCGUGAUGCCAAUUGCUUGCACAACCAUGCUGAAGCGAAUGAGUACAUUGAACGGAGUAUUAGACAAUGUGUUCGAUCGAGAGAUAAGUAUAUUAUUGCUCCAUACAUUGAAGAGUAUGUUUUAGUAUCUAAUUGA